GAAUAAUGUUGUUAUUGGUACGAAUUAUUGAAGGACGAAAAAGUGCAACCGCAUCCGGUCAAUUUAAUUGAAGAAGUAUAUAAUUUUUCAACAAUGGGUGGUUCUCAGAGCACUCGCCAAAUUGUUAUAGAUAACCAACCAAAUGCUGUUGUUAUUUCUGAAGAUGUUGAAAGAAGAUUGCUUGGUCAACCAGAAAGGAACACUUCAGGAGAAAGCCAAGAACUGACUCAAGAACAAAUUGAUGCCAUCAAACACCAAAUAGAAAAAGAAUACAGGCAAAGAAUAACAAAGGCUAGUUCAGAAACACACAGGAUAAAAGCAGCAGAGUUUGAACGUGCUAUACGAGAGGUAGAAGCGAAAUUUAUAAAACAAAGUGGUGGACCAGUCUGCCAGGAUCUUCAACAGGAAGUGUAUGAAUGCUAUCAAAAUAACAUGAAACAACCACUUAAUUGUUCUAGACAAGUUAAAGCAUUUACAGAGGCAGUACAAAAAGCUAGAGAGAAUGCCAUUAUGACAAAGCAGACGUGACACUGAGACAUCCAUCAUUAACGUGUGUGUGCAGACAUUUUAUAAAAUACUUGAUUGUAACUUGAUACUUCUCAACUUGUGCAUUAUUUGUUAUAUUAAAAUUACAUGAAACAAC